UUGUCAGCCCUGAAGAUGCUGGAUGUUGGGAAAUGGCCAAUUUUUUCUCUCUGUUCCCAAGAAGAGCUCAAGUUAAUUCGUCAAGCCUGUGUAUUUGGCAGUGCUGGUAAUGAAGUCUUGUAUGCAACUGAAAAUGAUGAGGUUUUUGUGCUUGGCAUGAACUGCAGUGGGUGUUUGGGAACAGGUGACAUGCAGAGCACUAUUGAACCAAGGAGGUUAGAUUCUCUAUGUGGCAAAAAGAUAGCCUGUCUGAGUUAUGGAAGUGGCCCUCAUGUUGUUCUUGCUACAGAAGAAGGAGAAGUGUAUACAUGGGGUCAUAAUGCUUAUAGUCAGUUGGGCAAUGGUACAACAAAUCAUGGUUUCGUUCCAUGUCAAGUCUCUACUAACUUGGUGAACAAGAAAGUCAUUGAAGUUGCUUGUGGCUCUCAUCAUUCUAUGGUCUUAACAUCUGAUGGAGAGGUAUACACAUGGGGUUAUAAUAACUCAGGCCAAGUUGGAUCUGGUUCAACAGCUAAUCAACCAAUUCCUCGAAGAGUUACCAGCUGCCUACAAAAUAAAAUAGUAGUUAAUAUAGCUUGUGGACAGAUGUGCUCUAUGGCUGUGGUGGAAAAUGGAGAGGUCUAUGUCUGGGGUUACAAUGGUAAUGGCCAGCUUGGACUGGGCAGCAGCGGCAAUCAGCCAACACCAUGCCGAAUAGCAGCUUUGCAAGGCAUUCGUGUACAGCGGGUUGCCUGUGGCUAUGCGCAUACGUUAGUGCUAACAGAUGAAGGUCAGAUUUAUGCCUGGGGAGCCAAUUCAUAUGGCCAGUUAGGCACUGGGAAUAAAAGUAACCAGUCUUACCCUACAACAGUUAUUGUGGAUAAGGACAGAGUUAUAGAGAUUGCAGCCUGCCACUCUGCUCACACGUCAGCUGCCAAGACCCAGAGCGGCCAGGUGUACAUGUGGGGCCAAUGCCGUGGGCAGUCAGUGAUCCUUCCCCACCUCACUCACUUUGCCUGCACUGACGAUGUGUUUGCUUGCUUUGCUACCCCUGCUGUUAUGUGGCGUCUUCUAUCAGUAGAGCCUGAUGACCAUCUAACAGUAGCCCAGUCACUAAAGAAGGAAUUUGACAACCCUGAAACUGCAGACCUGAAAUUUCUAGUGGAUGGAAAAUACAUUCAUGUUCAUAAAGUUCUUCUCAAAAUCAGGUGUGAACAUUUUCGUUCCAUACUGAAUAAUGAUGAUGAAAUUAUAGAAAUGAGUGAAUUUUCUUAUCCUGUUUACCGAGCCUUCCUGGAAUACCUGUAUACAGACAACAUUAGGCUCCCUCCUGAAGAUGCAAUAGGACUGCUAGAUUUGGCAACACUGUAUAGAGAAAACAGAUUGAAAAAGCUUUGCCAGCAAACGAUCAAACAAGGCAUUUGUGAAGAGAAUGCCAUUGCUCUUCUUUCUGCCGCUGUCAAAUAUGAAGCUCAGGACUUGGAAGAAUUUUGCUUCAGAUUUUGCAUAAACCAUUUAACUGUUGUUACACAAACUCAAGGCUUUGCAGAAAUGGACCACGACCUCCUGAAAAACUUCAUUAGCAAAGCAAGCAGAGUGGGAGCAUUCCGAAAUUGAGGUCUGACUACCACCAAGCUGAAGAGCACGUCCUC